AUGGAAUGUCUAGGACAGGCAGUUACUAUCAGGGAAGCUUGGACUGAAUACGCAUGUAUAUAUAGUCUUGUUUUAUUAGCAGACGUUUAUGUGAUAAUCUCUCGAAAAAUAGAAACAUCUUGGACGUUUCAAGCCGGUCCAGUUUGCCUCCAAGAGAAUUUUAAAAGAUCAAACCAGUCAGUACCUCGGUUCCCAACACUUAUCCCAGUAAAGGGUAUUUCAGCUGCUCGCCAUUCGAUUAUCAAUGUGCAUCGCACACGUGAUUGUUUGUAUGAAUGUAGACACAUUCAAUCUGAAAAGAGAUAUGAAUGGAUUACUCAUUCGAUCUUUGUAGAGAUAUGA